UCUAAUUAACUGCGAUCCACUCUUCCAGUGAUCAGUCUGAGCAAGCUUCUUCUCCCUGAUCAAUUGUACUAUAUCCCGCUUCAAUGUCCUCUGCAUCCGAUGGCAUUGAUGCCAUGCUGGAUCUGCUCAAAGCUACCACGCUACAAGAUGACCGCAGGUGGACGCCACCCAGACCACGCGCUGGCCUAGCAACUCAACAGCGACCGCUUCGCUAUCUCCUCGUCAUGGACGUCGAGGCCACAUGUGAUGCUGGAUCUGAGCUAUUUGCGCAUGAAAUUAUCGAGCUGCCAGUGAUGUUGCUUGACUUGGAGCAAGCUAAAGUCUUGGCCACAUUUCAUCGCUUUGUCAAGCCGCGCAAAGCACUGACCCGCUUUUGUACAGCGCUGACAGGAAUCUCUCAGCAAGUAGUCGACGCUGCAGACUCGUUUGACGUCGUCUUGUCUGAUUUGACAGCGUGGCUAGAGCAACACACUCAAACACUGUUUGAUCCACCCUUGCACGACCUCAGUUUCAGCAAACCAUCCACUUGGUUCCCUCGCACCAGUGUCGGUAACGAUCAUCGAUUGCAACGACACUUUCGCAACUGGGCAUUCGCCACGGAUGGAAUAGCAGAUGUCGAAAAGUUUAUCUGGUUGCAAGCACGGCAUAGCAAAUUACCGAUACCGAACUACUUCUACGGCCCGUAUGUCGAUACGCGUGGUCUAUUUGCUGCAUUCAUGAAGCAGAAACGCUGCACCCUCGCAGAACAAGGUCAAGCUCUUGAAGUGACAAUGGAAGGACAAGCACACAGUGGCCUCGAUGACACCAAGAACAUUGCACGUAUCUGUCUCGCGCUUUACAAAAGAGGUUGCGUCUUUGAACCAAAUCGAGUCUUUUACAAAGGCCACAAAGCAUGGAUCAAACACCAGCGGUACAAAGAACGAUAG